AAGGGAAAAUCAAUGGGAAGUGGGUAGCCAGGUUCUCCCGGCUCUGUCACGGCUUUCUAUGCGUCUAUACUCUCAGCUUGAGAUAUUUUGCCAUGGACAAGACAUUUUAUAGGAUUUUAUAGGAUUUAACGUUCUGGAAAUAUCUAUAUUUGUACAUUGCUCUGCGUUAGGCCUCUGUGUGCUUUGUGGUAGCUUGUGCUGGUGUUUGAGUACAGGUGCGAGCUCUUUCGUUGGCGCAAACUGACCUAACGCUAGCUAGCUAACCUAGCUAAUGCAGUACUGGCUAGGAAUUAUUAGGGUAACGUUAGCUAGUUAGGAGAAUGAAGACGGUUAAGCUAACGCUAGCUUCCUUGUUAGCUUGGUAGCUAACCUGACUAACUAGAUAACGUUAAGUAAGAGCGGGACGCUGGCUAACGUGUGUUUAUAAUUGUGACUGAUAGCUAGCUAUAUAGCUAACUAUGUUAGCUGGCUAUGUUAGCUGGCUAAUGUCUGAGUGAACAAGCUAGGUUAGCUACUGAGUUCCCUGUUUGGCAGCUGAGUGAAAACAGUGAAGUGAAGUGAAGCUUGGCUAAUUAGCUUAGCUUGCUGUAAGCUUGGUCUAGCACGUUAGAUAGCCUAGCUAACCAAUUUCUUCUUUCGUUUCCAGGCAAACAAGACGUCGACGGGUAGCUUUAGCUAGUAGGUUAGCUAGCUUAGCUAGGUUUCUGUGUGAAUGAACUAGCAUAGCUAAACUAGCUAGCUACUGAUUGAAUCAAAUUUUGUCUCAUUAAAUCAGAGCUUAUCUCUCUAUGUAAUAGCUUAAGGAGGUUCUGGUUAACUAGUUAGCUAACCUAGCUAUUCUGCUUAACAAACUAGGUCUGCUAGCUAGCUAUCAACUAGAAGGCAUGCGUUCCUGCAUCUUUAGGUUAGUUUAGCUUAGCUUAUUUUAGUAUAGUUAAUCUGGGUUGGAUCAGUGUAAGGAGAGAGAACUGUGAAGGAGGUGUGAAUAAAAAAAUAGCUAGGUUUGUUUGGUUAGUUUAUUCCUUUAUUAAUCCCUGGGAAAUUUGCAAUGUUAAAGCAGAGCAGAAGACAGAACACAAUGUGUUAGCUAACUAACAUCCACAGCAACUAAAACUAUAAAAGAACAUUAAAAUUACGAAUCUAGCUAAAUAGAUAUCUAAGCUCAGAUGAAGCAUUGUUCCUUGUGUUGCUAGCUUAUGUUGUGUUUGUAACUGGAACUAAGUAGUUAAUUAAGUAAGUAUCUUGUACAUAAUCAGUGAUGGUAGAUAACUAAAAAGAUUAUGCUACACAUGGUGAAUUGAGGUAUUGCACGUAGUAGAGGGCCAGUAGAUCAGUAAUAAGAAGCUAAACAUUGUUUAUUGCGCUGUCAGAGCUGUUGGGAAGGAGCUUUUUGAGUUGAUUCGAGCUGAGUUUAUUCCACGUCGUGUUCCCAGUAGUAGUAGUUAGUAGUAGUAGUAGGGGUGGUGCUGCAUUUCAUCCACUGACAGGCGCUGGAUGAAUGCAAACGAGGACUCGCCAACUGUGCGGAAGGAGAGGACAUAAUAGCCAAGUGUGCUGCUGCUGCUACUGCUGCUGUCAGGUCAUGUUGACGUUGGCCGAGCUAGGGAGAUAGCUGCUAGCUAGCUUAGCUAGAUGUGCGUUAAUUAAACCGACCAAGCGGGCAAAUAUUAGGUUAGCUAACGUUAACGGUCCGACAAAAGCCUCAGAAAACCUGGCGAGGCGCUGUGUAUAAAGUAAGCCCAUAGCUAACGCUACAGGAGAUCCAGAGAGGUCUCCCUCCUCCUCCUCCUGCUCCGCUUCUCCUUCCCCCUCCACUCCCCGCCAUGGUCGGCUUCGGAGCGAACCGCCGGGGCGCCCGCCUGCCCUCCAUCGUACCGAUCGCGCUGAUGGUGGUGAUCGGCGUGCUGGCCUAUAACUACUGGACGGUGUCCAACAAGCACGGGCGGCUGCUGGACGAGCUGGCCGAGGUACAGACGCAGGUGAAGCGAACAGACGCGGCGCGGAGCCGCCUGGAGAAGCGCAACUCCGAGCUGAUGCUGCAGGUGGACACGCACAGGAAGCAGAUCGACCAGAAGGACGGGGACUACAGCGUCCUGGAGGGCAAGCUUCAGGCCCGGGACGCGCUGGUCAAGAAGUGCACCGAUGAAAAGAUGAAGCUGCAGAAUGAUGGCACAGCCCAAAUGUCUGAAAUUCACAGACUAAAAGAGCAAGUAAAGGAGCUGCGGCAGGAAAUUAUCAGGCAGGAGGACCAGCUGAGGGAGGUAAAGAAGAACAGCACCAAUCUGGAGAGGAAGCUGGAAUAUGAGAGCCUGCAGUGUGGACGGCAGAUAGCACAGCUUAAAGAUGAGUAUGAGGAGAGCAAGAAGACAAUGGAGGAGGAGGCUGUCAAACUAAGACAGAGCAUGUUGGACUCUCAUAAAGCUGGUGCAGUGGCUGGUCAGGCUGAGGGAGGGACAGAGGUAGAAGCUGCAGGAGAACGCCACACAGAGGCCACACAACAGCAUGACAAUCCAGAUCUGAAAGAGGAGAUGGUUAAGCCUGGAAGUGAUGCUGGAAUGCCUGGCAUUGAAGACAGUGAAGUGGGAAAGAUAGAUGAUGUACACUUUGCUCUGAAAAAGCCAGCCAUCACACAGAAGCACAUGCAGCCAGUAGAGACAGGCGUCCUGCUAAAGGAGGAUAGAGCUGGAGCUGGUGCUGGAGCCGGAGCUGGAGCUGAAGUGUUAGCUGGGGACAAUGCAGUUCAUAGUCUCCCUCUAGAUCGUCCAGACCUUCCCCAGGACGGAGGCGCAGGCCAGGGCAUCGGGAACCAUGUGGCCCCCAUCCAGCAGCAAGUACCUCAGCCGGUGGUGGACAAGCCUGUGCUGUUUGAUGAAGAUAACAAGGCAGCUGUUCAAGCGGACGAGUUUGGGGAGCAGCGUCGGCAACUGAGAGGUCCUGAUGGCCAGCGGGGCCAAGGAGCAGCUCUGCCUCCUCCUCCAAACCCUGCACAGGUCCUGCCCAACCCCAUCGAGCCCCACCUCAGCCGAGACCCUGCUGUACCCAUCCGACACCGGCAGAACCGUUUCUUUGAUGAGAACGAAUCCCCUGUAGAUCCGCAGCACGGCUCCAAGCUGGCGGACUACAACGGGGAUGACGGCAACGUGGGCGAGUACGAGGCCGACAAGCAGGCUGAACUAGCCUACAAUGAGGAGGAGGACGGCGACGGCGGGGAGGAAGACGCCCAAGAUGACGAAGACCGAGAAGUACCAGGAGAUCGAGCUGUGGACUAUGGAAAACGACACCAAGCCAUCGACAUCCUGUAGACCUCCUGUAAUCCUCGGUACAAAUCAAGUUGAGCUUAAUAUGCAUCUGAUAUUCACACGGCCAAGAGGGGUGGAGGAGAGAAGUUGAAUUUCUUGAACUAGGUUCAGAUGAGUAUGACUUCGGGCAUUCAUUCAAAAUGGAUUUGAAGACCUUAAAAAAACUUUUAUAAAAAGGUAACGCUUGUGGAUUUAAGUCUAAAUUGUUGGACUGAUGAUGAUUUCAUUCAUCAUUUGAAGCAAGGACUUGACUUGAUUGAAUUCAGUGUUGUUUUUCUUCCUCUGAAUGAAUGUCAAACAACUGAAUGAACUCUUAACUGACUGUUUGUAAUGUGUAAAUGUGUAUACAUCGCAUAUGUACAUUGGGAGGUCCUUUUUUUUCUUUGUUAUAAAAAAAAAACAAUGGGAUGUGUUGGCUAAUAUUUUUUUUGGUUCUCUUAAUGAAGUAGCCUGGGCUUGGCCUGUAGAGUAGUGGAGUUUUAAAUGGAAGGAGUACAUAAGACAGAGGUUCCUGGACUGCUGCCUCUUUAAGAAGUACUGAAAAUGGCUAAACCCACACUGGAGCCAAGCCAGUCAAGAUGAAGGAGAGCACUAGGAGAUUAUUUAAUUAUUCUUUUCUUUCUUUCUUUCUUUCUUUUUUUUUGGAUUUUGGAUGAGCCGGUGUUGAACAACACUGCAAUACAAAGGGAAUGGGAUUUUUAGAAAAACAAACAAAAAAAUGUCGGUAUGAUUUCUAAGGUACGAAGACAGUCUCAUAGACUCCAUUGCACAUAAGCUGUUUUUACGCUGUAUUCCUGUCCCUGAAGGAUCUGUCCAGAGGACCCACUCUGCCUUGUGAGGAAGGCAUUGUUGCAUGCAAGAAGUCUCUGUUAUAUCAACCUGCAAGAACUACAGGAGUACCAGGAUGAAAAAAAGCAAUACACAAUACUGCAGCAGGAGCAGCAGCCCAUCCGGUGGACUGUUCCCUGACCGCCUGGCAGGCGUAGGUGUACAUAUUCGUGGCGCCAAUACUACUGUCUGAGUGCUGUAGAAAUAAUGAACUGAACUGUAGAUCUUGGGCUAGAAUUUGAACUUGUUUGUGAACUUUUUUCAUAAAUGAGCAGCAACACCCGAUUGAAGAUUAGCAUACUGAAUGUACUUUAAUAACAAUAUGAUUGUUUCAAGUGUCCCAGGUGGAUCUGGAUCUUCUGAACUGUAACGAAUUGUGUAAACGCACAGUUCCGUACAGUCGUGACUGAGGUUUUCCAAGCAGUUUGUUUCCAAAGAGAGGAGCUGUAUUAGAAGACAAAUUUCUUGCUAUCACUGUGACUCAGUAGUACUGUGCAUAGUUACAUCAUGAUGCAGUACAAUAUGCUCCCAAAAUCCUCCAGAUUCAUUUUCACAGCCUUCUCUACAAACAUAAUGAAAGGUAACAUACAAUAAACAGUUUCUGUAUACAGUUCCUGUCA